CUUCCGCCUCUUUUUCGACGACAACUUGCAAAGGAAAGUUGUGUUUUUCGUACAUUUUGCCAAUUCACGUUUCGUGUCAAGAACCCAAGACUUAAACAUGCGUUACGUGGCUGCUUACCUUCUGGCCGUCCUCGGUGGCAAGGACACCCCCGCCAACGCCGACCUGGAGAAGAUCCUCAGCUCUGUGGGCAUUGAGGUCGACGCUGAGCGCCUGACCAAGGUCAUCAAGGAGCUGGCUGGCAAGAGCAUCGAGGAGCUCAUCAAGCAGGGACGCGAGAAGCUCUCCUCGAUGCCGGUGGGCGGCGGUGGUGCCGUCGCUGCCGCUGAUGCCGCACCCGCUGCCGCCGCCGGUGGCGACAAGAAGGAGGCCAAGAAGGAGGAGAAGAAGGAAGAGUCUGAGUCCGAGGACGACGACAUGGGCUUCGCUCUCUUCGAAUAAGCGGUUGAAUGGGCGAAUAUUCUGUGCAACACACUUGCGAGGCGGGAAAAGCAGCGUCGUUCUGGAGCAGCACCGGGCAGUCUACACACUAGUCUAGCAGCCAUCCGUUGACCAUUUCUACGUAAUAAAAAUCAGCAGUGUUUGCACUUUAUAUAAACCAA